AUGGCAUUACUCUCCCUCCUCGAAGAUGGAGCAAUUAUACGUCCAUUGGCAUUACUGCCAGUUUUCGCUCUAGUCUCGGUGAUCGGAUAUCUCCUCUUCGAAGCUGUCUACAACCUCUUCUUCAAUCCACUGCGCAAAUUCCCCGGUCCGAAGCUCUGGGCCAUCUCCAACAUUCCCUACACGCGGUUGUUUCUUUCUGGCCAAGGCCAUUUCAAGAUGCUUCAGCUACAUCAGCAGUAUGGUCCCAUUGUGAGAAUUGGUCCAAAAGACCUUUCUAUCAAUCAUCCUGAUGGAAUGAAGGAUCUUCGUGGCCAUCGCAAGGGCGGGACCGGGGAGAACUCCAAGGACCCAGUCGUUGCUCAAUUCAAUCAUGACAACAUCAUCGGCGGCAAUCGUCAAGAUCAUCAGCGUUUCCGUCGUGCUGUUGCCCACGGGUUUUCUCAUCAAUCUAUGGUAGAUCAAGAGCCCAUUAUACUAGGUUAUGUUGACAAGUUCAUCAACGGGCUUCGUGAGGUAUGCGAAAAUGGCACAAAACCCGUUGAUAUAGCUGAAUGGUACAACUUUGCCACAUUUGAUAUUAUUGGCGACUUGGCAUUUGGAGAGCCCUUUGGCUGUCUCGAUAACAAGGAGCUUCAUCCUUGGGUCACCCUCAUUUUUGCCGGUAUCAAAGACAUUGCGUACCAGGGAUGUCUUGCCCGAAUGCCUUGGCUGAGAAAGGCCAUCACAGCCCUGACGCCAAAAAAAUCAUGCUCAAAAUGGGCGGAGCACAUGGAUACGACGAGAGAAGCAUCUGGGAAUGAAAUGACUUUUGAGGAACUCGCUUCCAAUGCACAAGUCCUUACCAUUGCUGGGUCUGAAACCACCGCGACGUUACUCACAGCCACCACGUACUUCUUGGCCAGUAACCCAGAGACGUUGAAGAAACUCUGCGAUGAGGUUCGAUCAUCCUUCAAAUCGGAAAGCGAAAUUGAUAUGAUUAGCGCACAGCGCUUAACUUACAUGCUGGCUGCUCUGAACGAGGGUCUUCGCAUGUUCCCACCUGUCAUUAAUGGAAUUCAGCGCAAGAUCCGUGAUGAAGGAGAUGUCAUCAUCGAUCAGUUUAUUCCUGGCGGAGCCUCAAUGGACGUUUGGCAAUGGGCUGUCUAUCACAACCCUGACCACUUUGCGCUCCCUGACGAAUAUCACCCUGAACGCUGGCUAGAUGACCCACGAUUUGCGAACGACGCAAAAAGGGCACUGACACCCUUUUCAGUUGGCCCCAGAGACUGCGUUGGGAAGAAUCUGGCAUAUGCUGAAAUGAGAGUGAUGCUGGCUCGAGUGCUCUGGAACUUUGACAUUAGCCUGGACCCUAACACCAUAGGAUGGGAACACAGGACCAAGUCAUACUUUAUUUGGGAGAGAGAUCCUCUUGAUGUGAUCCUUACCCCACGAAGCAUUCCUGACCGAUUGUAG